AUGGAGAACUACCAAAAGCUGGAAAAGAUUGGCGAAGGUACCUACGGUGUUGUCUACAAAGCUCGAGACCUUGCCAAUGGCGGUCGAAUUGUCGCCCUGAAGAAGAUCCGCCUCGAAGCUGAAGAUGAAGGUGUCCCCAGUACCGCCAUCCGCGAAAUCUCCCUCCUCAAGGAGAUGCGAGACCCCAACAUUGUUCGUCUGUUCAACAUCGUCCAUGCCGAUGGUCAUAAGCUGUACCUCGUCUUUGAGUUUCUCGACCUCGAUCUCAAGAAGUACAUGGAGUCUCUCCCCGUGAGCGAUGGCGGUCGAGGAAAGGCCCUGCCCGAGGGUUCAUCCCCUCACUUGCAGCAUCUUGGCCUGGGCGACAUGGUUGUUCGAAAGUUCAUGUUCCAGCUUUGUGACGGUAUCAAGUACUGCCACUCCCACCGUGUUCUCCACCGCGAUCUCAAGCCCCAGAACCUCCUGAUCGACAAGGAGGGUAACCUCAAGCUCGCUGACUUCGGUCUUGCCCGUGCCUUUGGCGUGCCUCUGCGCACCUACACCCACGAAGUCGUUACUCUGUGGUACCGAGCCCCUGAAAUUCUCCUUGGAGGGCGCCAAUACUCGACUGGUGUCGAUAUGUGGUCCGUUGGCUGUAUCUUUGCCGAAAUGUGUACAAGAAAGCCCCUCUUCCCCGGUGACUCUGAAAUCGAUGAGAUCUUCAAGAUCUUCCGCAUCCUCGGCACCCCCACUGAAGAGAACUGGCCUGGCGUCACUUCCUACCCUGACUUCAAGGCAUCCUUCCCCAAGUGGCAGCGCGACUACAGCAAGGACCUUUGCAAGGACCUCGAUGCCCACGGACUUGAAUUGCUUGAGAUGCUGUUGGUGUACGACCCUGCUGGGCGUAUUUCAGCCAAGGCUGCCUACAAUCACCCAUACUUCGAGCCUCUCCUAGCACAAGAGCAAGCAUCCGCUCAGGCAAAUGGCUACUAUCACUAG